GCUCCGACAGCUUUCCCAGAGUCCAUUGGCACCAAGCCGAAAUGGGAUGCUUGUUCCAUCCCGUCCGUGUGGGUCCGACCUCCCGUAUUCGGAGCGCACUCGACAUCGUGAACGCCGACCCUCGCUCUCCUUUCCUCCCCCGUUCUCUCUCCAUAUAAAACAAAACGCUGCCGCUCCUCCUGGGGGUUUAUUUCCUCUCCAAUCACCGAUCCAAGUCGUCAGGAACGAGGCGCCAUGGAGGACCCCCUCGAUGCCCUGCGAUCCCUAAUGGCCUCCCACUCCCCUCCUCUCCACGCCCUCGUCGUCCCGUCCGAAGACAACCACCAGAGUGAAUAUGUCUCCGCGAGGGACAAAAGGCGCGCCUUCGUUUCUGGAUUCACUGGAAGUGCUGGUUUGGCUCUUAUAACAAUGAAUGAGGCAUUGCUGUGGACCGAUGGGCGGUAUUUCUUACAGGCAACACAACAGCUGACCGACCGGUGGAAACUCAUGCGAAUUGGAGAAGACCCAUCAGUCGAAAUUUGGAUAGCUGAUAAUCUACCAAGCGAUGCCAUUGUGGGAAUUGAUCCCUGGUGUGUAUCUGUAGAAACUGCUCAGAGAUGGGAGCAGGCUUUCUUAAAGAAAAAACAGAAAUUAUUUCAGUUGUCUUCUAACUUGGUUGAUGAAGUAUGGAAAGACCGGCCUUCAGCUGAUAUUCUACCUGUAACUAUACAUCCAUUAAAAUUCUCGGGCCGUACUGUAGCAGAAAAAUUGAAGGAUCUGAGAAAAAAACUUAAAGUGGAAAAAGCUAAUGCUAUUAUCGUCACUGCUCUUGACGAGGUUGCUUGGUUAUAUAAUGUUCGAGGAAAUGAUGUAGCCUACAAUCCAGUCGUACAUGCAUAUGCCGUAGUUACAUCUGAGUCUGCAUUCUUUUAUGUGGACAAGAGAAAGAUCUCUUCUGAGGUAUUCUGCUUUAUGGAUGAAAAUGGAAUUGAAAUCCGGGAAUACAGUACAGUUGAUUCAGAUGUAAGCUUGCUUGCAUCUGGGCGGCUAAAGUAUUCAUCAGAUACUAGGGACUCUCAAAGUGAUGUUCAGAAAGCUGGAAAAGUUGAUUCACAUGUGACAGGAAAUGUUGAUAACACAGUGGAAGAAAAGAAACAUAAUAUGAUAUGGAUUGACCCAAGUUCAUGCUCUCUUGCCUUGUACUCAAAGCUCAUGCCUGAUCGGGUUUUCAUGCAGCAAUCACCUUUGGCCCUUGCAAAAGCUAUUAAGAAUCCUACUGAGCUGGAUGGCUUAAGAAUGGCACAUAUUCGAGAUGGUGCAGCUGUUGUACAAUUUCUUGUUUGGCUGGAUAAUCAGAUGCAAGAGAUUUAUGGAGCUUCUGGUUACUUCUACGAAUCAGAGGGAACACAUAAGAGAAAACAUUUGGAUUCUAUGAAACUAACAGAGGUAUCUGUGAGUGAUAAAUUGGAGGGCUUCCGUGCAAAGCAAGAGAAUUUCAAAGGAUUAAGUUUCCCAACGAUUUCAUCAGUUGGUCCUAAUGCAGCAGUUAUUCAUUAUUCGCCAGAGUCAAAUACAUGCGCUGAACUUGAUGCUAACAGCAUUUAUCUAUUUGAUUCAGGGGCGCAGUAUUUAGAUGGAACGACUGAUAUAACAAGAACUGUGCAUCUUGGGAAACCUUCAUCUCAUGAGAAAUCGUGCUUUACUGCUGUCCUCCAAGGCCAUAUUGCUCUAGAUACUGCUAAAUUUCCUAAUGGAACAACUGGUAAGGCCAAUUUGAUGAAACCUAAAACUUGCAUGUUGAGUUUCUCCCAAAUAGCCUAUGUGGAAGCAUUGCUCAUUACAGGACAUGCUCUUGAUAUUCUUGCUCGGAUCCCGUUGUGGAAGGAUGGCCUCGAUUAUCGACAUGGUACUGGUCAUGGAAUUGGAUCUUAUCUAAAUGUUCAUGAAGGCCCUCAUCUAAUUAGCUUUAAACCUCAUGCUCGGAAUGUGCCGCUGCAAGCAUCAAUGACUGUGACUGAUGAGCCUGGUUAUUAUGAAGAUGGAAACUUCGGUAUCAGAUUAGAGAAUGUUCUUAUAGUUAAAGAAGCCAGCACGAAAUUCAAUUUUGGUGAAAAGGGCUAUUUAGCAUUUGAGCAUAUAACGUGGGCGCCAUACCAGAAAAAACUGAUGGAUUUGACCCUGCUGAUGCCAGAAGAGAUUGAAUGGGUAAAUUCUUACCAUGCUGAGUGCAGAAAAGUUUUGGCACCGUACCUGAAUGAGCAGGAGAUGGAAUGGCUGAAGAAGGCCACUGAACCCAUCCAUGGAAGUGCGUGAACUGCUUGAGGCUUUUUCAUCUGCUUGCUGCUCCAUGCGUGCCCAAUGGAGCCAAAUUAUCUGGAAGAAUUCUCAUCAGCUAUGAGCUGUUGUCUUUAGACAAUAUAUGCUGUAACUAUCUGUAGAAUUGGUUGCGUAGAUAGAUUCAUAUGACAUAUUAUAUUGAUUGGUGGAAAUCUGACAAACAAUUUGGACUGGCUUGUCUCUUAUAAUCAUCGAAAUGUGGGGAUUAUCCCUUCUUUGAAAAGGGUGUUAAGAACAAAGGAAUUCUCUUGCAUCAAUUUUUUGCAACAAUAAAUAUUGAAUUAUCAGUGGAAA